CCGCUCCACGCGCCCCGCCCGCUCCCGGCACCACCAACUCCGCUAUAUAACCUGAGCCGCACCGCCCCACAAGAGGAAAGCGCCCCGCGAGCAAGACAGCCGGCUUCCCGAGGCCCAGGGGUUAUGAGACCAUCACGGUUCAGGACCCACGACUAACAACUGCAGGAGACCCCAAGAUGACCAAGUCAUACAGCGAGACCGGGCUGAUGGGUGAACCGCAGCCCCAGGGCCCUCCCAGUUGGACAGACGAAUGUCUCAGCUCUCAGGACGAGGAGCAUGAGGCUGACAAGAAGGAAGACGAGAUGGAAGCUCUGCAUGCCGAGGAGGACUCCCUGAGGAACGGAGGUGAGGAGGAGGACGAAGAUGAAGACCUGGAAGAGGAGGAGGAAGAAGAGGAGGAGGACGACGAUCAAAAGCCCAAAAGACGAGGCCCCAAAAAGAAGAAAAUGACCAAGGCGCGCCUGGAGCGCUUUAAGCUGAGACGCAUGAAGGCCAAUGCCCGGGAGCGAAACCGCAUGCACGGGCUGAACGCGGCGCUGGACAACCUGCGCAAAGUAGUGCCCUGCUACUCCAAGACCCAGAAACUGUCUAAGAUCGAGACCCUGCGCCUGGCCAAGAAUUACAUCUGGGCGCUCUCGGAGAUCCUGCGAUCUGGCAAGAGCCCUGACCUGGUCUCCUUCGUACAGACGCUCUGCAAGGGCUUAUCCCAGCCCACCACCAACCUGGUCGCGGGCUGCCUGCAACUGAAUCCGCGGACUUUUCUGCCAGAGCAGAACCAGGACAUGCCCCCACACCUGCCCACGGCCAGCGCUUCCUUCCCAGUGCACCCCUACUCCUACCAGUCUCCGGGACUGCCCAGCCCGCCCUACGGCACCAUGGACAGCUCCCACGUCUUCCACGUCAAGCCGCCGCCGCACCCCUACAGCGCCGCGCUGGAGCCCUUUUUUGAGAGUCCCCUGACCGACUGCACCAGCCCUUCCUUUGACGGACCCCUCAGCCCACCGCUCAGCAUCAAUGGCAACUUCUCUUUCAAACACGAACCAUCCGCCGACUUUGAGAAAAAUUAUGCCUUUACCAUGCACUAUCCCGCAGCGACCCUGGCUGGGGCCCAAAGCCACGGAUCAAUCUUCUCGGGCGCCUCUGGCCCUCGCUGCGAGAUCCCUAUAGACAACAUUAUGUCCUUCGAUAGCCAUUCACACCACGAGCGAGUCAUGAGUGCCCAGCUCAAUGCCAUCUUUCACGAUUAGAGGCACGCCAGUCUCACAGUCCCCCUUCCCUGAGAAACCAACCCCAGUGUGCUGACAGUGACUGUCCUGUUUACAAAAAGGCAGCCCUUUGGGUAUACCACUGCUGCAAAGUGCAAAUACUUUCCAAGCUUCAAGUGAUAAACGUAUUUAUUGUCGUUACUGCCUUUGGAAGCAACAGGGGAUCAAAGUUCCUGUUCACCUUAUGUAUUAUUUUCUAUAGCUCUUCUAUUUUAAAAAAAAAUAAAACAGUAAAGUUUAAAAAAAAUAAGAAGGCACCACAAAUUUGGUGCAGCUGUAUUUAGAUCAUAUUAAUUAUCUGACCGGAAUAACAAAAUCACAAGCAAUAAUUAGGAUCUAUGCAAUUUUUAAACUCAUAAUGGGCCAAUUAUAAUAUAUAUAAAUAUAUAUUUUUCAACCAGCAUUUUACUACUUGUUACCUUUCCCAUGCUGAAUUAUUUUGUUGUGAUUUUGUACAGAAUUUUUAAUGACUUUUUAUAAUGUGGAUUUCCUAUUUUAAAACCAUGCAGCUUCAUCAAUUUUUAUACAUAUCAGAAAAGUAGAAUUAUAUCUAAUUUAUACAAAAUAAUUUAACUAAUUUAAACCAGCAGAAAAGUGCUUAGAAAGUUAU